CUCCAGUGAUUGAGCCAGACUACCUGGUGUGUGAUGACUGUCAAAAGUCUUUCAUGGACUCGUACCUCAGCAACAGCUUUAACCUGUGUGUCUGUGAUAACUGCAGAGACAAUGAGGAGAAACAUAAGCUGAUCUCCAGAACUGAAGCCAAGCAGCAUUACCUGCUGAAGGACUGUGACCUGGACAUGAGAGAGCCUCCACUCAAGUUUGUACUGAAGAAAAACCCUCAUAACCCGCGCUGGGGAGACAUGAAGCUCUACCUCAAACUACAGGUAGAGAAGAGAUGUAUGGAGGUGUGGGGUUCAGAGGAGGCUCUGGAGGAGGCCAGAGAGACGAGGGAAGAAAACCGAGAGGUGCAGAAACAAAAACGCUUCAACAAGAAGGUCAAAGAGCUGCGCAGGGCAGUGAGGAGCAGUAUGUGGACCAAAGACACCAGCGUUCACCAACAUCAGUACGGACCAGAGGAGGUGGUGGAUCCAGAGGAGGACCUCUACAAGAAAACCUGCACCACCUGUGGACAUGAGCUCACUUACGAGAAGAUGUAGACACACACACACUGUUACAGGUUCAGCCUACAAGGAGAACAUGUUUGGUGCUUCUGCGGGGAACAAUGCCUCUCACAAACCCUCUCUCCCUCCAGUUGUAUUCCGUUUUUCUUCUGGUAUUUAUUUUUCUAUCACAUUAAUAAAACACUCCAUCCUAAUCACAUAGAAGGGGCCAAAAUCACUCUGCGGCUAUUGACAGCGGUUAAACAGCUGCUGACCUCUGCUUAACUCUCUUACUGUAUAUUUUUAGCAAUAACUGCAGAUUGCCCUUCCAGUGAACUGCCUAUUGCUACACUUCCUGUUUCUUUUGUAGCAUAUAGAUUCCCCCUCGCAGUGGGAAAAUCAAGGAAGGCACAAUACUGAAACUGAAUUGUGGGUCCCACUUUAGGACUCAAAUAGAUACAAGCAUUAAGAAUAAAACUCCAGUGCCUUUUAUUAAAAACUCAAUUUUGGGAUGGGUAAGGUGUUAUGGUUUAAGUUGUUAUUGGGGACCUCCUCCUCCCUCUCACGUUCACUCAAAAUCAAUUUUCAAAUUAUAAUCUAUCAUUGGACAAAGUACUGAUGCAUGGACUGGUGACCUCUAAAUUUACUGGUUAAUGGUUCAGACUGAACUAAUGUUUGGUAUUAGCUGUAAAGAAACAAGCAGUCAUUGUCCAGAUAUUGUGAUGAUAAAGGACUGGUGCUGUGGGUUUGCUCAGGAGUUAUUUUGAUCACUUUUUAAAAGACUAAUGAGAUUAAAAGUGUGUAAAUUGUUUGUGUCUUUG